AUGCGAGACUUAGCAGCAACAGCUCCGAAGAAAAGAAGACGUGAGGGAUUCACUGCUUCAAAGGGAAAAGAAGUAACGACGGCAUGUACUGGUAUCGAAAAUAUUGAUGAAGCUAUAACGUUGCUUGAACAAAAUAACUGGGAUUUAGUGGCAGCUAUAAAUGGUGUAAUACCACAAGAAAAUGGCAUUCUGCAGAGUGAGUACGGUGGAGAGACUUUACAAGGACCAGCAUAUGGCCCCACGGGUCAUUCUACAGCAGCUUCUUCUACUCCCUCCUCAUCCUCAGCAUUUCGCCAUGUAGUGCCAUCUAGACAAAUAGUGGAAAGACAACCUCGAAUGCUUGACUUCAGGGUUGAGUACAGAGACAGAAAUGUGGAAGUAGUACUUGAAGACAGCUCCACAGUUGGAGAGAUAAAACAUAUUCUAGAAAAUGAACUUCAGAUUCCUGCGUCUAAAAUGCUGUUAAAAGGGUGGAAGACUGGAGAUGUAGACGAUAGUACUAUUUUAAAAACUCUACACUUGCCAAAAAAUAAUAGUCUUUAUGUUCUAACACCUGACCUGCCUCCUCCUUCUUCGAGUCAUUCUGGGGCCCUGCAGGAGUCAUUAAAUCAAAACUUCAUGCUGAUCGUCACCCAUCGAGAAGUCCAGCGGGAGUACAACCUCAACUUCUCAGGAAGCAGUACCAUUCAGGAGGUAAAGCGGAACGUGUAUGACCUAACUAGUAUUCCUGUUCGUCACCAGCUGUGGGAAGGCUGGCCUCCUUCUGCCACAGAUGACUCGAUGACUCUAGCUGUUUCCGGACUGACUUUUCCUUGCCAUCGACUUACAGUUGGAAGAAGGUCUUCACCCGUACAAACAAGGGAACAGUCAGAAGAGCAAUGCACUGAUGUUCAUAUGGUUAGUGACAGUGAUGGAGAUGACUUUGAAGAUGCUACAGAGUUUGGAGUUGAUGAUGGAGAGAUGUUUGGAGUAGCAUCAUCUGCCUUGAGGAAAUCGCCAAUGAGGCCAGAAAAUGCUGAAAAUGAAGGAGAUGCCUUAUUACAAUUUACAGCAGAAUUUUCUUCAAGAUAUGGUGACUGCCAUCCUGUUUAUUUCAUUGGCUCAUUAGAGGCUGCUUUUCAAGAAGCCUUCUAUGGGAAGGCUAGAGAUAGAAAGCUUCUUGCUAUCUACCUCCACCACGACGACAGCGUCCUGACUAACGUCUUCUGCUCGCAAAUGCUUUGUGCUGAAUCCAUUGUCUCGUACCUGAGUCAGAACUUCAUCACCUGGGCCUGGGACAUGACAAAAGAAGCAAACAGAGCAAGGUAA